GUUACACUUACUAAAAAACUUCAUUUGCCUCUCAUAGGUUUUUGCUAAAUACCCUGAAUAUUAAUAAAGCGUCUUCCUUAGACUUCUCAUCUUCAACUAUGCAGCUUUCUCUUGUGAGUUUUCUUGUUUUAGGGUUCCUCUUUGUGUCCUGUGACGCGUUUGCCUCUAAUGAAGUUGAAGCUCUUAUUAGAUUCAAGGAAGCUAUGUAUAAGGACCCUUUGCUAAUUUUGUCUAAUUGGAAUGUCCCCAGUUUGAGUCCUUGUGAUUGGAACGGCAUUAUAUGUUCUCCAUCUAAGGAUUAUGUUAUCAAGAUAAUUAUAUCGAAUACAUCGUUGAGAGGGUUUCUUGUGCCAGAACUUGGUCAGAUAACCUACUUGCAAGAACUGAUUCUGAGUGGGAACAUUUUAAUGGGGACAAUCCCAAAGGAGAUAGGAAAGUUGAAGAGACUCAAGAUCUUGGACCUGGGAAACAAUCAUUUGACAGGACAGAUUCCAGCAGAGAUAGGGACAUUGUCAAGCAUUAGGACACUAAACCUUCAGUCCAAUGGGUUAAUAGGAACGUUACCUCCAGAGAUUGGAAACUUGAAGUACCUUAAAGAACUUCUUAUUGACAGGAAUAGGCUUGUAGGAAGUAUUCCUAUUGCCGCAAAUACAUCAAAAAUUGGUUUGUGCGAGUCUUCUCUACCGAAAGUGGCAGACUUUUCUCACAACUUUUUCGUGGGAAGUAUUCCGAGUUGCUUGGAUUACCUUCCAAGAACGAGCUUCCAAGGAAACUGCAUGCAAAUCAAGGAUGUUAAGCAGAGGCCGUUUUCACAAUGUGCUGCAACCGUGGCCAAGAAGAAGCAUCGAGCAUCGAGACAUAUCUGGCUUCGGAAUUUUGAGAUAGUCACGGGAUCAUCUGUUGGUUUACUCUUUCUAGUUGUGAUUUUCUCUGCAUUUAGCUUGUGCAACGUAAAGCCCUCUCUCAUCGUUCCUUGGAAGAAAUCUGCAAGUGAAAAGGAGAAGUUCACGGUCUAUGUUGAUUCUGAAAUGCUGAAGGAUGUUUUAAGAUUCACAAGACAAGAGCUAGAAGUGGCAUGUGAAGACUUCAGCAACAUCAUUGAUUCUUGUGCAGAUAGUCAGAUAUACAAAGGAACAAUAAAAAGCGAGACUGAGAUCGCAGUGAUCUCUCUCUGCGUUAAAGAAGAAGAUUGGACCGGAUAUCUCGAGCUUAAUUUCCAGAGAGAGGUUGCGGAUUUGGCUAGAUUAAACCAUGAGAAUGCAGGGAAAUUAUUGGGAUACUGUAAAGAGAGCACACCGUUUACAAGAAUGCUUGUUUUUGAGUAUGCAUCGAACGGGACACUAUACGACCAUCUCCAUUUUGGGGAAGGGAGUUUAGUAUCGUGGGCAAAACGCAUGAAAAUCGUUAUAGGCAUCGCACGUGGUCUCAAGUACCUUCAUACUGAACUCAAUCCUCCAUUUACUGUCUCUGAGUUGAGCUCAACUGCAGUGUAUCUCACUGAAGAGUUUACUCCCAAACUGGUUGAUUUCGAAUGCUGGAAGUCGAUUCAGGGAAGAUCAGAGAAGAAUCUGAGGAAUAUCAGUUGUUGUGAAGGAGCUAUAUGUGUGCUUCCCCAUGCAAUGGAGCACCGAGAUCUGGAUUUACAAGGGAAUAUCUACUCAUUUGGCAUACUUUUGCUUGAAAUUGUAAGCGGAAGACCUUCUUAUUGCCAAGAGAUAGGUUGCUUGGUGGAAUGGGUAAGAAUAGCUUUUCUCUGUAAGCUUUAAAGUUGAGUUGAUUAUAAUAAGCUCUCUCUCUUCUAGUGGUGCAAGUGUUUUCACUCGUUUAAAAGCCAUCUCUUAUAGUUGCAUUACCUUUUUUACCCCAUUUUCGAAACUGGAGAAAGUUUCAAACUUUGCUACAAUUCAAACCAAAU